AUGUCUGCUGCCAAGACCACCAAUGGGCCUGCGGGACCUACACGAACACGACCCUGCGAUGCCUGCAGACGUAGGAAAAGCAAAUGUGUGACCGAAGCAGGCAAAUCAAUCUGCGUCCUUUGUAACUUCCACACGCAAGCAUGUACUUACCUUCAAGCGCCGCAGCCGAGGAAGCGUCCUUCGUUGCCAAGUGCAGACGAUCCAGCAGCCAAGCGGAGGCGGACCAUCCGAACCAAACCUGGCACUGGCAUUGAAGAGUACGACACUCUCCCCGGACCUUCUCUCUUGAAGCGAACCCUGGGGCUGCAGAACAAGCAUCACAGUGAAUUGGUCGGUCUACAUGCGGUUUCCGAAUUCUUCCUCAACACAGGGGAACCUUCAAUCAACGAACCGAACAGCAAAGCUGACUACAUUCGUCUGGUUCACCCUUCAGUUGCUUUUCGGAUCAAGCCCGACGAUGAGACGCGUGGCUACGAUCGCGAGCUCGAUACCGUCGAGGAAAUCGAAGCCAUCGCUCUCAAACACGGUCCUGAGCUUGUUCAGCUGUAUUUUCGCAUCAUUCAUCCCUCUUUCCCGGUGUUGCACAAGGAGGUCUUCUUGGAGAAACACUCGCGCAGCUAUCGAGAGUUCAACCCGCCGCUGCUCGCUGCCGUGUAUCUGCUCGCGUCAAACUAUUGGUCUUACAGCGAAGCUCUCGUGGGUUCAAAGAAGAUAGACACUGCGGCAUUGCAAUCCCUGGCGUUUAGCGCUUUGCAUAACGCAAUGCGACGACCGAAGCUCUCCACAAUCCAGGCUGGUCUUCUUCUCUCCCAAUAUCAUGGAGGUUUUGCCGGCCAAGACCCCAAUCAGCAGCGCGACGGCUUGAUUGUGCAGCUUGUCAGCAUUGCGCAAAGUCUGGGAAUCCAUUUGGACUGCUCCGAUUGGGACAUACCUGAUUGGGAAGUCGGUCUCAGACGUCGUAUGGGCUGGGCUUUGUACAUUCAGGACAAGUGGACAGCACUUUUAGAAGGACGACCGUCAUUGAUAAGCGACGAAGAUUGGGUCGUCGAACCACUCUCCAAUAUCGACUUUCCCGAGGUCGUGGAGGACGACAAUCACGGAAGCAGCGAGGUAGGGCGAGGUCGUGUUGUAUUCAUGUCGAUGGCGGAACUCUCUCUGCUACUUUCCGAGCUGCUGWGAACCGUAUUCUCGGCCAAGGCCAGGCGCGUAAUCGAGACAGCACCCGACAGACUUGGAGCACUUCUCUCUCAAAUCAAACCCUUACAGAUCCAGCUAAGAGACUGGUCGUCGUCGCUUCCGGAAUCUUUACGAAUGGAGACCGCGGCUUCAAUGAAGCUGUCAUCUGUGGGAUAUCUGCGACUGGCGUGGCUUACAGUUGAAGUGUGUAUCCAUCGAACAAUCAUUCGGACCCUGCUUGCAGUGGACCAACCAGAUCCUACAGUCGCAAACAUGUGCAGAAACGCCGCCAUGGAGCGCUUUCAGAGUGCUACUGAAUUUGUAGGAAGGCUACAAGCCCAACAUCUUCAGUCCUUCUGGUAUUAUACAUCCGCACGAUGCUGUGCCCUCUUCCACUCAUUCGGUCAAAUUCUCGGUGCCACCGCGCAGAGCGAGGACGAAUUGACGCUGUACUCCCGAAAGCUGAAGGAGUUCAAAGGGUCACUGAAAGUGAAUAGUGAGUCGGGCGCCAGCUUCAUGAAGCAUGCGCUAUCUUACAUUUCGCAUGCUCAAACGGCUCGGGUGGUCAUGCAACAUCAAGAAGCUGGUUCAACAACAACCAGCCCGGCCUCUGUGGGGUUUGGCAUCCAACGACCCUCCCCACAACUACAACAAGAGCAGCAGCGCCUGGUACAACGGCAGCAGCAGCAACAUCUGGAGCAUCUGGAGCAUCUGGAACAGCAGCAGCAGCAGCAACAGCAGCAACAACAACAGCAAUCUUACAGUUGGAUGCCACCGGUACCAAGUCUAAAUGUGGGAAACGCUACAUAUGAUGCAUAUGGACAAGGCUAUGCUCUGGAGCCGGUAACUUACCAAGAUCCUGAAGCUUUCUAUGCGAAUCAGUGGAAUGCAGCUGGUUACAACACUUGGAAUCAGGAUCUCGGAUGA